AUGCAAUUUGACCUGAAGGAAAGUCUGAUAGAGAGCGAAGUGGUGAAACGUGGGUGUAAACGAGUUGUCUUGCAAUUUCCAGAAGGGCUCAUAGCACAGGGAGUGCAAUUGCAGCAACGACUUGAAGCAAAGUUGAAAGACGUUGAGUUCAUACUCUAUACAGACUAUGUCUAUGGUGCUUGCUGUGUGGAUGACCGAUUCACAUCGUAUAUUAAAGCAGACUUUUUGGUCCAUUUUGGACAUUCUCCACUCAUCCCUCCAGAGUGUUUGAAGGUCGCAAGCAUAUACAUUCCUGUUGUAGCAGAGAUCAAGCUUGAGCCUUUGGUUGAGAAGAUCAAUCAAAUGGUAGACAAGAAAUUGAGUUUGUCCAUAGUAGCAACCAUUCAAUAUGAACCCUACCUGUCACAACUCAAAACGUUGUUGAAGGACUUUGACAUCAUCAUACCAAAAAUUGAUCCACUUCCUGAAGGGAUCACUUUGGGGUGUACAGUCCCUCCUCUUGGAGAUAAGAAGAUUAGUGUAGUUUUUAUUGGAGGCGGACUCUUCCAUGCAGAGGCCGUUGCAUACAACUAUCCAGAUAACAAAGUUUACUCCUACGACCCUCGCAAUGAAACUUUAGUCCCUGUUUCUGUUGAUAAAGAGAAGUUCUCGAGUGUAAUGCGAAAGAAAAUUGACAUUGCUCGACAACAGAAGUACAUUGGCAUCAUUACAUCGACACUUGGGAGACAAGGCAAUCCAAAAGUAACCGAAAACGUAAAAGCACUGGUCGAAUCCAAAGGUCUAAUUCCUGUGUUAUGUUACGCAGAUGAAAUAUCGACAAGUCUCCUUGAGAGUUACAAAGAAGUCCAAGUCUGGAUACAAGUCGCUUGUCCCCGUCUCAGUAUCGAUUGGGGCGAUAAUUACAGACAAGUAUUGAUGACCCCAUACGAAGCUUUCUUAGCAUUUGGCAACCCAUGUGAAAGUAAAUUGGAUUAUAUUCCAAUGGACAAUUGGGCCAUUCCUGCGCCCGAAAAAUGGUGCGCUUCAGUUUAUUGA